UGCGAAAUGUUCUUUGGGAAAAGCAAAAGUUGGCUGCAUGUGUAGGCUGCGGACGUGCUUUUGUAGAGAAAGAAAAGAAUAGCAAAGGAGGAAAAAAUGGUUGUCAGUGUAUAAUGUAAACAAACCGUUGCCCCGCUGUUGUUCUGCUGUAAGAUAUCCAGUUACUCCAGCAAAAAUUGUAUAUUUUUCGGUUCUCUGUGCCCGUGAGAAACAUUUUACCUGCAUAACCACACGCUAAAUCCUCCCAGUGAAUGGAUUUAACAGUCUACAAUGAUGUACCCAGUGAUACGCCUGGCACAUAUUGUCGCUUUUGCUUUCGUGAAACCAGCCUGGUACCGAUCUUUCAUCCAACCACUAGUGAACCGUUGAAUCUGGAGUUGAUAACGGUAAUCGUGGACUGUAUCGGCGUAUUACUGAAGCCCGAGAUGGAUUUUCCAUCCGCAGCCUGUCAGAACUGUCUGCAGCUGAUGCAGGAGUUUCAUAACUUUCGAAGACGCGCCCGAGAAUAUGAUAAAAUUAUACGUUCCAAGAUUCUACCACGCAUCGAACCGGAAGUAAUUAUCGUAAAGCAGGAAGCGUCCGAGCUAGAUAACGUGUACGACCAUGAGCAGGGAGCGGAUAAAGAAAGCAGUAGUAGCAGUACCCUGACCGCCGAUGAAUCUCGUGACGCCUCGAUCGAUGUGCUUGAUCAGUUGCAGCAACUACACCAGCAGCAUCAACUACAUCAGCAGCAGCUGUUUCUACAUCAACAGCAACAACUGCAGCAGCUGCACCAGCAAUCGCAGGAUCAAGACCAAAGUGAGGAACAGGAACCAAAGUUUAGCAUGAGUGCCAUUUUCAAUGCGCAAGCAAACGCCUUGGCUGCCGUGGCAGCUGCCGCUGCCGUUACUCCGAUACGCGCUCAAACACGUAGCCAAUCGAAACGGCAAUCGGCAUCCGGUGGUUCCAUGGCACCGGCACUGGAAGAUAACCGGUGCAUGGUGUGUGGUGAAAAGUUUCAGUCCCGCGACGUCUGGGUGGCACAUCUAGCGGUGCACACGGUCGAACGUCCCUUUCAGUGCCACAUUUGUCUGGCACAGUUUAAAACCAAAUACGUACAACAAAACCAUAUCCGGACGGUACACGAAAAUGUGCGCAGCUACCGAUGUCCGAUCUGUACCGAGCCUAGUCGAAUGUUCAAGAGCAAGCGCACGCUCGAGGAUCACAUGCGGUAUCAUACGGGGGAACGGCCGUUCGUGUGCUGCAUUUGUAAGAUAACCUUCUCAUCCGGUAGUGUACACCGCAACCACAUGUACCGGGUACAUCGAGAGAUGCGCAAGAAGGACCGUCGAUGUAAUUACUGUGGCAAGGUGUUCGAUCGCAUUCUCGACCUGAAACGGCAUCAGACGAGCUACUGCGAGAAGAUAGUAGGUCGGGAAAUAGCCGGUCGGUUAUAGGCCGCUAGUGCCAACGUAAACACGAAGGAUGGACCUUCGCAAGAUGAUUAUUAUAGGGCUAGGAAGAAGAAGUGGAGAAGUAUCUAUGUGCUUACAUUGUGCGAUCUAUUAUGUUGAGUGUAAAUGUAUUAAUCUAAAUUUGUACCUUUUUUUUUAGCUAAAAUCGAUAAAACAAAAACAACAACAUUGGCCACAUUAUGCGUACGAACGCUAGCUGUUGUAAAUAGCCAAAUAUGAACGAUGUGAAACAUGUCAAACGAA